AUGUAUAAGUGGCAGCACUUUGUAAUCAGACCUUUCACCACUCCGGUUUACACUGGUUUUCAUCGUGCAACACACAAACGAGUAGCAAUCAAAGUUGAGACAAAUGCAGCAUCAAUUCCUCUUUUACGAAAUGAAGCUGCUUGUCUGCAUUUUUUGAAUUCUCGUUACAAUGCAUAUGGUGAGGAGCCACGUGAACCUAUUCUACGCUACAUGACUUACGGAAAAACUGAAAAACUCAAAUAUUUGGUUAGUUAUUUGCGCAUUUCUAUGGAGUAG